AUGUACAGCCUCAAGUUGGAUCCUUUAGAGAUCCCCGAAAUUGUUUCGCUUGUUGGUGACUUCCUCUCCCAAGCUGACCUUGUCAAAUGUCUUCGCAUCCCCAAAACAUUCUACAAUGCACUUGUCAGCCUCGUUUGGAAAAAGGUCAUCAUUAGCUAUAGCCCAUGCCACGCUAUGAAAGCACUGAAGAAACACAAGGAGACCAUUGAACUUGAUUCUAUCCAGUUAGAUAUAAGAGAUGAUGAAGUCGAUCUAUUCUUUCAACUCUGUAAGAGGCUGCGGUGCUUGGAUAUGGAGGACACAAACCUCGCUCGGCUUCCUCUCAACUUCUUGGAUGACGACACGGAUACAUUCAUUUUUCCAAAUGUAACUGCAUUACGCUGCGAGCACGUUGCUAUAUCCAAGGCCCCGUAUCCACAUACGCCCUGGUAUUGCCUCGGCAUGUGGAUUAGGAGGCGCCCAGGACUAAGAUCAUUGGAUUCUGAGAUUAAGGACAAGGAUAUGGCAGCGAUUCUCAGGCGGAUGACUGCACUAAGACGGCUACAUGUCUCCAGAUGUGAGGUAGGCCCGUUCACUAUGCGAGAAUCACUAGUGGGUGAUCAGGAGGCUUGGGAUCAUGGACAGGAAGUACGCAAACUCUGCGAUACAAUUGAGGCACUGGAACUCAAUACACAAAGCGCAGUACCUGAUAGAAUGCAGGUCUUUCUUGAGAGGAGCUAGGGAAGCUGGCUCGAUCACAGUUUCCUGAAGAGGCUGCAUUAUUUUUAAACCUCUACCGCGAUAAGCAUCGGCAGAUGCAACCUGAGGAUGCGGCGUGGAUUGUAAGCAAUGGGCCGAAUAUUAAAGUGUUCUGCGUUGUGGAUCACAAUCUAGAUACACUCAAGCUCGUG